UCACAACGUCCGAUGAACGUGCACAUAUCUGACGAGCAACGUGAAGUCAAUGAUGACCAGGAACCGGAGAAUUUAUUCGUGCCCCGCGGCUCCAUCGUGCCGCACAUCUCCCUUUGAGUUCGAGUCUGCAGGGAUUAUCAUGCAUUUUGAUUCCUGUUUUCGCCUAAAGUAGGGCAUCUCAGCAGCAAAGCGAGCAACGCGUUUCCGUCCAUACUGGAAGCUUCAGCCUAUAAAACACCUAUGGCUUUGCCUCAUUCCCUUCCAGAAAUUCCAUCAUGUUUACUUCCCGCACCAUCAUCUUUGCACUGCUUAGCUUCAUUGCUGGAGCCAAUGCAUGUAUAAAGUGCCCAGCCACAUUGAAACUCGACGGUGUUGACACGAAACUAUAUGAUACCUACCCAGACAACCAGGUCACAUUUUGCUAUUACAGUAAUCCCAAGGUGGCUGGCGGCGUCGACCCAUCAGUGUACUGUCAGUAUUACACCGAUACCGGCGUAUGGUUAGGAGGGAUAAAGUCUUGUUCGAGUAAAGCAACUGUGGCGAAGAGUUGCUGAACGUGAUGUGAAGGGAUGGGGGAGACGAGACACCAAACAAGAGGAGCGAUGUUCGUCUGCAGACAGCCGAGUAUAUGCCAGUACUUAGAUCACCAUCUGUUAUGAUAAUUUCCAAAUAGUCUUGGUCAGUUGCAUCGUCCCUCCCAACCUCCUAUGAGAAUAGUCCUCCCCGGGUGAUGAUAAGUACUUACAAUCAUCCCAGAAACUAGCCUAU